CUGCUACGUAGCACGCUUCUCUUUUCCUCCCAUGUGAAAUAGCAUUCUCUUUAAUACACUCCUUGUUCGCUCUCAACAGAACCAUGCGCCGAUCCACUUGCGCCACACGCCCUCGUGACAUCUACGAGCCUGAAAGCCCUCCACCACCUGUUUGAUCUCUUCUCCCCUGGCCCUCUCACCGUCCUGUCACCAGACCUCUGCCUAUCACCUUUGCCGGUAUCAACGGGCCUCAAUCGUCCGAUUCUGAUUCUGACGACUCCGAUGGUGAUGACGGUGCCUAACGAGAACAGGCCACGGUCUAUGGUAUUCGAAGCAUCGUAUGAUUUUGAGUCUGCGGCCAACCUUUUCCCAGUGGUGAUCUCUCUGUACGUCGAUCCGAAUGAGACUAACCCCCCCUAUUCGGUUGACGAGGCCAUCGGCGCCACUUGGGCCUCAAUUGUUCAUGACGACAAACAGGAAUCUCCCAUCCGUGUCUACCCGGUGGAAAUGGAAAGAUUCACGUCUUGGGCACAACCAGGCAGCGACGCGUACUACGGUAUGGUUCCGACCCAUCGUCCCCUCAUGAUCAGCGUCCAUGAUAUGGUGGAGUCCGAGCCCGUCAACAGGGAGUUCGUUGUCGAGGGCCGCUUGAUCAAGUGCUUCACCUCGCGCCUCGAAAACCUGCUCCCUCGCUCUGUGCAUCUCUAUCGACGCCUCCUCCCUCUAUUGUCUGCUCAGCCCCAGUCCGCCGCUGUUAUGGUGUUGAGGAAGAGCAAUGCAGUGGACGAUUUGGGGGGCCUGGAGGCCAUCGACCUAGCCUACAAGAGCACCGUGCUGUUGGGCGAUGGGCAUGAGGGGAUGUCAAUGAUCCUCAGGUCUUGGUUCAGAGACAUGGAGAACAAGCAGGUGGCUGCCUCCAGCGACAAGCCGGAGAACUUGGGUGCCGCCGCUUCCAAUGCUUUGCGUUUCCCCAAGAUGCUCAACCAGCUUUUCGAUCUAUCCAAUCUGGAUGUCGCGUUCACUAAGCAUCAAGUGGUCAUCUCGUCCGGUCUCAUUGGCGCAGCCCUCGGUGAAGAGGACAUGCGCUUCUUCAGCGACGAAGCCGAGCUUGCUCAUGAGCUGCCGCCGGUAGCGAUUGACUUGACUGGGACUAACGCAUUAUCUCCUCAUGAUGGACUACUACCAGGAGAUGACUGACACGCAGCGCGAGGUCAUCUGCAACUUCUAUAUUUUGUAUGUGCAUCCCAUAUGUGCAUCCCAUGACUCGAAUAUCAAAAUUUUGUUUCAUGGCUGACACCCAUUCACUCAUCAGGUGCAUGAAACCAAACAGCUCCCCCCAGCGACGAAAGUCUCAGAAGAGCCUCUGGAAGACCGCGGACGAGAGAGGUCAGAUCCAAUCACGCCGGCGUCUUAGGGUAGUAAUGAGGAUGUGAGUGGAACUCGACGCAUUGAGAGGUGGGAGGGUAGCGUAAGUGUAUAUUUUAGUAGCAGAUUGAAUAUUAUUGUACAGUGUCCGUUGCACACUAGUUCAUGCAGGUUCCUCUAGGCCCCAGGGCGCUCAUCUCCAUGUUUCGGACUGGGGUGUUUGAGUGUAGUGGCUUGGGUGGGCUGUGAAAUCAGUUGGCCGCUAGCGU